UCAUAGAGCAAAACAGCAAAGAGAAUAUAGAUCCAAGAGAAAACUGAAAGAGGAAGAAGCCAAGAAGAAGGCAGAAAAAGGUAAACAACCAGUGAAAAUGACAAGAGCUCAGUCAGGUAAGGAGGCGAAGCGGAAAGAAAUAAACGCAGCAAAGAAAAGGGAGUACAGAAAUCGUCUCUCCAAUGAGAAAAGGCAAGAAAUCUUGGACAGACGUCGUAGGAAGCGACGUGAAGAAAAGGAAUUGCUCAUUGGACAAGAACAGCUAAUUCAACAACAUAAGAAAGAGAUAAUUAAAGCGAGGGCAGAGAAGAAACGACAUAAAGAAGAGGAGAAACGUCUAAGAGAAGCCCAAGAGCAGAUGGAGAAGGAGAAGAGACGACUGAAUAUAAGAUCAGGAGAUGCACGGCGGCAAAGUCUCAUCCGUGCAAGGUCUGCCCUAUCUACAGAUCCAGAGAUAUAUGAUGCACCACGCGUUACCCCGGGGUACCGUAGUACCGCGUUGUGUAGCGCCAUCUCGCGUCCAUUCGAGUACAAUGUAUGGAGUGCGUGUACAUAUGACGGGGGAGACAAGGAGCAGGCUGAUGGUGUUAUUUUGACCCUGCUGGCCCAAGCCCUCUCGCAAAUCGAAGUCGUAGCCCUACUUCAUGUUGGGGGCUAUAGAGUUGCUAGACUUGCAAGGUAUGACCCUGAGGAGGAGGAGCUACGAAAACAACGAAGAGUAGCCUGGCAUGCUGCCACCGAGGAGGAUAAGCAGGCUAUUAAAGAUCAGAUUGAUAGACUGUCAAAAUGUGGAACUAAAAAUGGCAGCCAUCAACUGGCAAAUCAUUUCAUCUUCAAGGACAUUUACGACUUUAAUGCUGCAACCCUAUGCGAGAGGGCAGACAACCAGCCAUUCCACAAGCUACCCUGCAUCCAGAGACAGUGUGGGAAUUGUGGCACAUCAAAGCUUGAUGCAGUGUUGGAUCUGGAUGUGCUGAAGCAUAAGGGAAAUGUGGAAUGGAAAAAAUGGGCAAGAGAGACCAAGGAAGAAAAUGGGAAGAAGACAUCAAGAAUGGUUCUAGGGAGAAAAGAAGGCCCAUUGGAGGAGAUGUUGCAAGAGUUGAAGAUCGAAGCAGCAGCACUCUCAGAGCACCUAUUCACGGCAUCUUGGCAGAGUCGGGAAUUCUUGCGGGUGUCAAAGUCUCCACCAAGCAGAAGUGUGGUAAUGGUAUUAGACUUUGCGGAAAACUAUUCGUGCAGAUUUCAGGAUGAAGUGCAGGCUGUGCACUGGGGACACGAUUCUGCAACAAUACACCCCAUUGUUGGGUAUUAUAAAUGCCCUGAUUGCACAGAAACUGUAACAGAGUCAAUGAUCAUGAUUACGAAGGACAAUGUUCAUGACUUCAAUGCAGUACAGCAGUUCACUUCCUUUGCUGUGGAACAUAUCAAGAAGAAGGUUCCGAACAUCAACAGGAUCAUUCGGUUCUCGGAUGGGGCAGCUUGCCAAUACAAGUCCCGUGGACCAUUCCUUGACAUUUCUUAUGGAAAGGAGGACCACCAACUUGGGUUUCAACAUGAAUACUUCGGCAGCAGGCAUGGCAAAGGACCCAGUGAUGGAGAGAGUGGCGUGGUGAAGCGAUUAGCUACGGAUGCAGUCAUGUCUGGCACAGAGAUCAUCGCUAAUGCCAAAGAUUUCUUCAACUUCAUCGAACGCACGGCAACCCUACCUAAGGAACAAGAGGAUGAUGGCAGUAAAUGCACCCAUUUCUGUAGGAAAGCAUUCUGGAUUGAGAAGAUAGAUCGAGACAGGAAACGACAAGCACUGAAAACAAUUCAGGGAACACGACGUCUUCACAGCAUCUUAUCUGUUCGGCCUAAUGUCAUCAAAGUCAGAGAACUCUCAUGUUUCUGCAAUGGAUGCGAAGAGGGCAAGCAGGCAUGCUCCAACAAAGAUUACGUGCAGCAGUAUGUUGUCAGAAGGAUUGCAACUGGACCUGUAGAUGGGAUGAAGCCCACCUCUAGAGCAAAAGCAGAUGCCAAAGAAUCAAGAAAUGAUCCUGAAGGGAAAAAGGAGCAGAAAGCAAGAAAGGACACUGACAGAAGAAAGAAGCAGGAAGCACGAAAGGACACUGAAGGAAGAAAGAAGCAGGAAGCAAGAAAGAACACUGAAGGAAGAAUGGAGCAGGAAGCAAGAAAGGACACUGUAGAUGGGAUGAAGCCCACCUCUAGAGCAAAAGCAGAUGUCAAAGAAUCAAGAAAUGAUCCUGAAGGGAAACGGGAGCAGGAAGCAAGAAAGGACACUGAAGGAAGAAUGGAGCAGGAAGCAAGAAAGGACACGGAAACGAGAAUGGACAUCAAAGUUGGCAGCUUUGUCGCAGUGAAGGCAGGCAGACAGAAGUGGUAUGCAGGGCUUAUCACACAAGUUGACGGAGAUGAAGGAGAUUUCGAGGCAUAAAGUUUUGCCAUCUCACUGAGAGGCGAAUGCUUGCGAACCGUUACGAAUUAGCACAGUGCCAUAUAUAGAGAGAGUCUAGCCUACCCUUGUUCAGUAGGUAUCAAUAUGGCGCAUAUUCUUUUGUAAUGUGCUUACCUAACAAAGCAGUACAAAAGAAAAUGCACCAUGUUGAUACCUACUGUUCACGGAGUUGGCUAUACUCUAUGUAUGGCACUGUGCUCAUUCGCAACGGUUGGCAAGCAUUCGCCUCUCAGUGAGAUACUCCCUUUACCUGAAGAGUUUCAAAAUGUGUAGACAUACGUUAUAUUUCAUGCAUUUAUCUCAUUUGAUGUGAAGAGGUGAAGCAAAUUGAACUUCAUACGAAGGUACUGGGUUAGGCAUCAGUUCCUCUAGCUUUGUUAAAGUGUUGAACUUGUUUACCUGAAGAGUUUCAAAAAGUGUAGACAUACGUUAUAUUUCAUGCAUUUAUCUCAUUUGAUGUAAAGAGAUGAAGCAAAUUGAACUUCAUACGAAGGUACUGGGUUAGGCAUCAGUUCCUCUAGCUUUGUGUAUGCUUAAAAGUGUUGAACUUGUUUACCUGAAGAGUUCCAAGAAGUGUAGACAUACAUUAUGUUUGAUGCAAAUUGAACUUCAUACGAAGGUACUGGGUUAGGCAUCAGUUCCUCUAGCUUUGUUAAAGUGUUGAACUUGUUUACCUGAAGAGUUUCAAAAAGUGAGACAUACGUUAUAUUUCAUGCAUUUAUCUCAUUUGAUGUGAAGAGAUGAAGCAAAUUGAACUUCAUACGAAGGUACUGGGUUAGGCAUCAGUUCCUCUAGCUUUGUGCAUGCUUAAAAGUGUUGAACUUGUUUACCUGAAGAGUUUCAAAAAGUGUUGAACAAAAGUAUACACGUUAUCUUGAAUGAAUUUAAAUGUGAUCGGGAUUUAUUUAUUGCACAUUUCUCAGUUUUAAAUCUUGAAUGAAUUUAAAUGUGAUUGGAAUUUACUUAUUACACAUUUCUCAGUUUUAAAUCUUGAAUGAAUUUAAAUGUGAUUGGAAUUUACUUAUUACACAUUUCUCAGUUUUAAAUCUGUUAUUCCACUCUAGUGAAUAGUCAUACAGUGUUAGACUUGUUUAACCUUUAAAAAGACAUCUACAUGUAUUUGUUGAAUUUAUAUAAGUCCUAAUGAAAUGUGUCUUACCCAAUGUAUGAAGUUUUGAACCUAAUUAACCAUCAAAUAAAGACAAAGUGUUUUGAAACACAGAGUUUAACCACUGAACAGUCAGUUAUGAAGUGAUAGACUUGUUUACCUGUAGAGCUCAAAAAAGUGUUGCAUGUUAUAGAGUACCGAAGUGAUGACGUCGCAAUUUUUUUUUCUUUUUCAAUUCAUCGUUUUGGAUAUCAUAUCUCGGCGGAGCAUGAUUGUUUUAAUACAAAGCAUGGAAAUAUCCGCCCAUACACUGUUUAUGUCGUGUUCUUAGGGCAUUUUCAUUGCUCUAGCAAUGUUUAAUGUUUGAGAUGCAUUAAAAAUGUAACUAAUAAAUUAGUUACCCAAACUUUUAUUCACUUUAAUGUGAUUGAAAAUAAAAUCAUUCAAAUCUUCAAA